CCAGCGGCACUGUGGGAGGACUAUCCCAUGCCAGGACUUGUGGCGGCUGCAGCUAGCAGCCUAGGUUGACUGGAGGAAGUGCGUUGGGGGUUGAGUGGAGCAGAGCAGCAGUUCAGGAACAGAGCAGACCGGGGUUCCAUUUUAACACGGCCGCAGCAGCCAACAGCCAGUAGAAGGAGCCAGCAGCAACAGCCUGGGAGGGAACCACUGAGGGGACAAAGUGAGCUCACAGACGUGCCUCUGAUCACCCUGCAACCACAUUCCAGCACCAGAGAAUGAGCAAGUCAGCCUCUUCAGCCUGUUUGACGGGCUAAGACCUUUCUACUCUUCUUCGCCUGGAUUGGGACUUUACCUUUCCUCUUGUGUCUGACCGGUGGAGGGAUUUUAAAGGAUAAAGUAGAAUAAAAGCUCCAAGUUUAAGUUUCGAAACGAACAAGACACGGACAACUCUACGCAGAUUUUGUUCUGGUUUCUGGCCAGAAAGGUAUAUGCUUGUAAGAAGACCCAGAUGUGAGGAUGGAGGAGGGAUACGAACUUGACCUGACUUAUGUGACAGAGCGUAUAAUCGCCGUGUCCUUUCCCAGGGCAUGCACCGAGGAGAUCUACCUCCACAACCUGAAGGAUGUCACACGGAUGCUCAAGUCAAAGCAUGCUGAUAACUACUUGAUUAUAAACUUGUCGGAGAAGAGGCAUGAUCUCUCUAAAAUGAACCCUAAGACUUUAGACACGGGCUGGCCUGACCUGCACGCCCCUCCUCUGGAUAAGAUCUGUACCAUCUGCAAGGCAAUGGAAGGCUGGCUCAAUGCUGAGCCGCUUCACGUGGUGGUCAUUCACUGCAGGGGUGGAAAAGGUCGAAUUGGAGUGGUCAUUUCAUCGUUUGUUCAUUUCACCGACAUAUCUGCCAGUGCUGAUCAAGCCCUGGACCGCUUUGCGAUGAGGAAGUACUACGACGACAAGGUCUCCGCAAUGAUGACACCCUCCCAGAAACGGUAUGUUUGGAUCCUGAACAGUCUCCUGAGUGGCUCGAUGAAAAUCAAUGCCUCUCCACUGUUCCUGCAUUGCAUCAUUCUUCAUGGGAUCCCCAACUUCAACGCUGCUGGAGUAUGUCGGCCAUACUUGAAAGUCUACCAGGGAAUGCAAGCUGUUUACUCCUCAGGGGUCUAUCACAUUGGACCCGGACACAGGGACAGGAUAUGCAUCAGUCUGGAACCUGCUCAGCUGCUGAAGGGAGACAUCAUGGUAAAAUGUUACCAUAAGAGUGAUGUCACUUCUGAGCGUGAGGUGAUCUUUAGACUUCAGUUCCACACCGGAGCAAUACAAGGAUACAACCUGAUGUUUGAGAAGGAGGAUAUGGAGACUGCCAAUAAAGAUCCCAGAUUUCCGGAUUACGGGAAAGUGGAGUUGGUGUUCUCAGAGGGCCCAGAGAAGAUCCCAGGGGCAGAGCGCUGGCAGAACGGGGCAGACGUCAUUGUGGACUACAACACAGCCGACCCUCUGACAAGAUGGGACUCAUACCAGAACAUCAUUGACGGGGAAGUGUCCCGCUCUCAGGGCCUGGGCCAGGACAAAGCAGCCCCGUCCAAGAGGAGCCCUAACGGGGGAGGAACCACAAGCCUAACUUUGGGCCGUUCAGUCCACCGGGACACUUCUACCACCAGCAGCCCCGACCACAGUGACCACGCCCUGUCAGCCAGCAGUGACUCAGGCUUGUCCAGCACCUCGCUUUGGACCGACCGACCCCCAGCACCCAUCACCGCCGCCAUUAGCACCACUACCACCGCCACAGCCUUCAGGCCCCAGCAGGGACCCAGCCGCCAGGAGAAAGCCCAGCUGAAACGCCUGCUGAGCGGGUUUGGCCUGGAAGAGCCCUCCCCAGACCUGGAAGAGAUGUCUGAGUCUGGAAGCGGAGGGCCAGGAGGAGUAGCCAUCCAGAGGCUGGUCCCGACCCAGGCGCAUGUCAACGGGGACCGACGGCCUCUCAGGGAGAGGGAGACUGACAUCCUGGAUGAUGAGGUCCUCCUGUCCAGUCACGACCUCCGCAGCGUGGACAGCCUGGGGACCCUGUCGUCGUCCUGCCACAAGAGCAGCCAGAACUCCCUGCUGUCCGAUGGCUUCGGCAGUCCCGGGGGAGAGGAGCUCCACCACCUGCCCCAGCUCCACCACCCAGCCCCAGUCGCCAUGGAGGAAUACGAGAGAGCCUACGCGGAGACCCGGAGGGGCUGCCUUGGCCAGAGGAGUGCCUCGGUGUCCACCCCGGCCGGCGCCGUGCCCGUGUCCAAGCAGCAGGUCUACCGGCAGGGCAGCUACUCCACACACACCUGGGUGCGCCAGCAGCAGAUGGUUGCAGCCCAUCAGUACGCCUACCUGCCGGCCGAGGAGGAGAGGUACCCGGGGGCCGAGAAGCAGCAGGGGGGAAGCCUGCCCGAACCUCCGGCCGCUACAGUGUCACAACAAGCACCCGCUCUGAGUAUGGACACUUCCGCCUCCAGAAUGGCCUUGACACGGAGCGCUCACAGCGAGCAGACCCCCGCGGUCCUCACAAAGAACCAGCGAGACGAGGAGUUCAACUCUCUGACCGUGGAUAUAGAUAAUUCCAUCGACCAGCUCAACCAGUUGAUUAUGGACCUGGACCCCACGUUCGUGCCGGUCCCCAUGCGUUCUAGCUCGGUCAAAAGGACUGGCGGGGAGCACGUCAACGGCUCGGCCGCCACAAACGCCACCUCCACCGGCUGCCCCAACGGUGUCGCUCACAGACUCACAGAUAACGGCACAGCUGCAGUGCCAAACACACAACAGUCUGCUGUCACAUCGUCCGUCGGUGACAUCAGAGUGGACGCUGUGCACAGUCUGAGUCGGCAGGGCAGCGAUGUCACGCAUCACCCAGGCUUCUGCGGCUCUGGCUGGGGUGUACAGGAGGAGUACAGGGGGACACAGGCAUACUCACACUGUGUACCACAUCCCCAGCAUGGCUUGCUCUUCAGGAGUGAUUGUGUGGACUACAGAGCUCAGGGUCCAGAGAUAGACAGCGGAGUGGAGGCUGGUAAUGAUAUAACUCCUCCUACUCCUGCCUUCCCUAUCUCUCCCCCUACUCCUUAUGUGAAAAACAUGGUUGAAUUUACCCACAUGAGGCAAACCCCGUCUCCCAGCAUGCAGUCAUAUGGAGCCUACAGGAUGGAACACGAACCUCGCGGUUACUUAGAGAUGAUUGGUCACGUUCCCCAGUCCACAGAUGAGGGCUUGCCAGACUCCUCCCCCAGCUGCCAUAGGUCUUUCGCCUAUUCUCGAUCAGUCUCCAUGGGUGGGACGCUCCAACGGGCCGACAGCUCCUCCAUUGGUCAGUCAUGGGUGGAAGACCGAGCCAUGCUGAGCCGCCACGGCUCCCUCAGCGGCUGCCCCGCCCCGAGACACACCCCUAUCCAAUCCAUGUCCCUGGACUAUGGCCAACAGUCCCCGUCUAUACACGCCCAUCCUGCCCCGAACGCCCACAGCUCCCCCCUGGGCAGCCAGAGGAGCCGCGUGGCGCACUGCGCCCUCACCCACAGCCCCGCGCGCAGCUUUGACGAGCCGGAUGACUCUGGCCUUGGAGGCUACGGCCCCACCGACUGCCCGGCGUCUGCCUCUCCUCUCCUGGGGAACGGAGGUAUGGAAAGGGGCUUGUUGAUGGCAAGCACCACGGAUGGCCAGGGCGCCAUACGGAACCAGCUCCAGGCUCAAGUGGGCUUGCCUCCAAUGCUGCCUGAGAAAAGGAGGGCGUCGGACGGGGAGCAGUCCAUGGGCACGGCCUCCCCGGCCCCCAGCGGGUUCUCCAGCCCACACAGUGGGAGCUCCCUCAGCAUCCCCUUCCCCAACACCCUACCUGAUCUCUCAGCCUCUGCACAGAUGACUAGAACAGCCUCAACUCUGCCAGAUGUCCUGGCCAGCAAGCAAGUGACUGUAAACUUUGUGCAAGACACAUCAAAGUUCUGGUACAAGCCUGAUAUCUCCAGGGACCAAGCAAUCGCAGUCCUAAAGGACAAGGAGCCUGGAUGUUUCAUUGUACGAGACAGCCACUCCUUCCGAGGAGCCUAUGGGCUGGCAAUGAAGGUGGCCACACCCCCUCCGUCAGUCCUGCAGCAGAGCAAGAAAGGAGGAGAUAUGUCCAAUGAGCUGGUCCGUCACUUCCUGAUUGAGUGUUCACAGAAAGGAGUUCGGUUGAAGGGCUGUCCCAAUGAGCCCUACUUCGGAAGUUUAACUGCAUUGGUGUGUCAGCACUCCAUUACUCCUCUGGCCUUGCCCUGCAAACUCAUCAUACCAGAUAGAGAUCCUCUUGAAGAUGUGGUGGAAACGACAACACAAUCAGUCACCAACUCUGCUGCAGAGCUCCUGAAACAAGGAGCAGCGUGUAAUGUGUGGUUCCUGGGCUCAGUGGAGAUGGAAUCUCUGACGGGCUGCCAGGCGGUACAGAAGGCCACCAGUAAAACACUGCGAUUAGACCCUCUGCCUACCUCCACUGUGGUACACUUCAAAGUCUCCUCCCAGGGGAUCACCCUUACUGACAACCAGCGGAAGUUGUUCUUCAGGAGACAUUAUGCAGUCAACACUGUCAUCUUCUGUGCUUUGGACCCUCAAGAUCGAAAGUGGAAAAAAGAUGGCUGCACUUCAGCAAAGAUCUUUGGCUUUGUGGCGCGGAAGACAAGCAGUGGACAGGACAAUGUGUGCCACCUGUUCGCAGAGCAUGACCCGGAGCAGCCCGCCAGCGCCAUCGUCAACUUUGUCUCCAAAGUGAUGAUUGGUUCCCAGAAGACCAAGUAGCCUGGUCAUACUGCUCGCUAAAUAGCUAGUUGGCCUGUUUCAAAAUAUAAAAACUGUACAACUCUAACCUAAGGGGUGUAACCCAAGAAUUCACUAGUAGGACAGGAACACAGUGGAGCAGAAUGUCACCCAUGGAACUCAUGGAACAAUAGUGAACUGAAUAAUUAAUAGAUUUCUCAUCACAAUGAACUAGAAUUUACCUACAAGUUGUACCUCCACCACCUAUCUAAGUAAUCUCCUUUUUAGAAGAGACUGUGUUGUAGACCAACAGCAAGACUGGAGAUACAAUGAGAUGUUUCACUUUACAUAAUUUUAUGUAUUUUAUGAUUGAUUUAUUAGAAGAUGUGUAUUUCGUCUUUGUAACAGAACUAAUACUGAUGUCGGUGUUGUGUGUGGAAAGGGUUUACAGUUUUAUGUAUCCCAGUUAUUUACAAGUCAGUUAACUAUUUCUGUUUUCAACAUACUCUGUGUGGUGUGAAACCAUACUAUAGGAGAGCCUAGAAGCAUUUAAGGGUUUGUCAUGUCUAAUAUUUAACCAAAAACAAAGAAAGUAUAUAAACCAUAAUCAAGCUAUUGCAAA